GGGAGGAUGGAGAAAGUUCUUCUCUACAUCACUGGUGCAUCAGCUCUGUGGGUCGUCUCCACUCUCGCUAAGAUCCAUUUCCACUUCGUUUAUGAGCCGAUGAUCUGGAGCGACGCUCAGAGCUACUGCAGGAAAACCUACACAGACCUGGUGACGGUGGACAGCGCCAAGGUCGUGACGACCCUCAGGAUCAUGGUCGACUCAAACAAAAUGGCCGCCAUAACUGACGCCUGGAUUGGUUUGUAUGAUGAUGUGGACAGCUGGAGGUGGUCUCUGUCAGACGACACUUUCUACCAAAACUCUGAGGCUCUCUACAGAAACUGGCCGUCUGGACAACCGGACAACAGCCAGGGUGGAGAAGGCUGCUUGGAGAUGCUUGGAAACGGAGAAUGGAACGAUAAUAAUUGUGACAAUCUGCGUAAAGUGAUCUGCUCUACUGUCAGCGGGCAAACGGCGACCUUUAGGCUCAUCAACACCUUCAUGAACUGGACUCAGGCUCAGAGUUACUGCAGAACCCACCACACUGACUUGGCCAGUGUGAGACAUUCUGCUGACAACGAAAACAUAAAGGCAGCUAAACCUGCAGGGGAGGCCGUCUGGCUGGGGCUGUUCAGAGACCGCUGGAAGUGGUCCAAAGGGUCCCUGCUCACAUAUUCUUACUGGGGGUCUGGAGAACCCAACGGUCCAGUGGAGAACUGCGCAAUAAUGGACUUUACCAACUCCGGACGCUGGGUGGACGAGGAAUGUCGCCUGACCAAACCUUUCAUCUGCUCCGACGAAGUGCCGUCCACAGACCAUGUGAUGAAGGUGAAGCUGGUGGGAAGUUCCUCUGUGGACCUGAAGGACGGCGCUGUGCAGGGAGGCCUGCUGAACCAGCUCCAGCAGAAGCUGAAAGACCAAGGAGUGACUGCAGAGAUCAGACUGAGGUGGAUGAAGCAGCCGGAUGGAAACGUCUUCUACCAGGAGAAACAGGACGACCACAACUGAAACGCAGAGUUCAGUGAUGGAUCAGCAUCGCCCAAAUCUUCCUGAGCAAAUUAAAUAUUACCAAUAUUUAAUGUUUUUUAAUAUAAAUAGCCAUGGGGUUUUUUUAGUAGAGCUUAUAGUUUAAACUGAAUUCACUUUGUUAGAAGCAAAUUAUGUGCAAAGGCAGAAAUUGCAUCUUUGUUUCAUUAUAGUCCAGUUUGUUCUACAGUUAAUAUGUUUAAUCCAAAUAUAUCUGACAUUUUUAUGUAUCCUGCAGCUGUUGGUGCCUUUUCUCUAAAAUCUAGAUUUAAAACAUUUCAUCUAUCUCAGUUUAAAUUUAAACAGAUGCAAAUGUUGGAAAUGCAAUCAAAAAUACAAAAAUGACAAAUAUUAAUUGUUAGGAAUACAAAUGAGAAAAUAAAUGUGAAAAUUGUUUGUGUUUGUGUGUCAUAGCUCAAAUUGUAUUUCUGGAAGUAAACUUCACCAGCAUUUGGAAAUGUUGUUGUAAAAGCUCUUAUUUACAUGUUGAACUCACUUUAAACUUCUCCACACAUCUCCGCUUUAAACUUUUCAGAUAACUUAAAGUAUAAAAUAAAAAAUCCAAAGAAGUCAAAGCAGUUUAUUGGCCUUCUGGAGACUCUAAAUCGGCAAAUGGAUGAAAGUUCUACGAUCUACGAAGCUACGUGAACGCAUCUUUGUAAUGCGUCACAUGGUCGUUCUGUUACCAUGGAUACAGAGAACCAGUGGUCCUGUUGUAACCGCUUUAAUUAAAGUUUCUGGUUUAAAAUCGCUGAUUUCUUUGCUUUAAAAACGACUCCGACAAUAUUUAGAUCAG